GAAAUUUGACAAAUGUCGUCCAAUAUUUGAUCAAAUCUAGGGCGAGGCCGUAUAUUUGAUCAAAGAAAUCGCCUGUCUUCUGUUCAUUGCAAUGCGAUAUGUUACCACGCGGAGCGCCAGCAUCGCUGGAGCGUUCUGUCAUCUUUUGUGUUUGUAAACAUGGCUGCUAAAUAUAGUUGGUGUGUGGCGUCUACCACAAAAUUAAUUGAAAUGUAUGAGGCGGAUGAAGCGCUUUACAAUGUGAGGCACCCUGAUUACAAAAACAGAUUACGAAGAUUGGAGAGCUAUAAAAAUAUAGCAGAGAUCAUUAGCCAUGACAUAAGGCCUGGAUGUACGGCCGAGGACAUAAAGAGGAAGAUAAAUGGCCUCCGCACAAGCUACUCGUACGAGAAAGCAAAAAUGCAUAAAAGCAAAAGUGGAGCCAGUGCACAGGCGGCGUACACACCACAAGUGUACUGGUUUCAAAUGCUCAAAUUUCUCGACCAAGCAACCGAGGCAGACGAGAGUGUGUGUAAUCUAGAGAGUACGGAAAGUGAGAGUGAACGUGCCACACCCACGUUUGAGGAAAUGUUUGAGCGUGAGAUGCAAGAGCCUGUCGCAUGUAGCGAGGCACAGCCACAGCCCCAGCGUCAAGAACGGCCUCCCACUAAAAGAAGGAAAGUCACGCCAGACGUGGCAACAAACGUCAUGGAGGAGGCCAGCAGAACACUUAAGGCUAUGGCUGAUGUGCCAGAACCAUGACUGUCCAUGAAGACCGCUACAGCACCCUUGGCGCCCACAUCGCAGCAGAACUUCGUGAAAUGGAGAAAGUGGGCGGCAGGGAAUACACCACUGCCACUAUGCACGGUCUGGAGCGGACAUUAAUGGACAGGUGGGAUUUUCUGCAUGCGACAGCCCGUACACAACCGUCGACCUCAGGAUAUAUCCAGGCUGCCUUGCAACAGGCUGGAAUAGAGGAAGAUGAUUCUAUUCUUUAAAUAUGUAUGCAUAUAAUUUUUGUAUCUCUCCAAUCUUUGUAAUCUGUUUUUAUAAUCAGGGUGCCUCACAUUGUAAAGCGUCUCAUCCGCUUCAUACAUCUCUAUUAAUUUUGUGGUAUCACACAUCCAUUGUAAUUUGAUAAGUAACUAAAAUAAAAUAA